AUGGCCGGGAGUUGGAAACCAACACCAGCCAAUGCCGUGCCAAGAUCCUACAUCGACGGCGAGCAACAAUUCCACGAGUCCUUUACCAUAGAACGCCACCAGAUUUCGACAACUAAAGGAAUCAAGCGCAAACGAUACGAUGAUAGACAAAGCGAAAUGAUCCCUCGCCCAGCCAACAUAACUCGUUCCUGCCAAUGUGGAACUACAGAUAUCAGCGAUUUUCGUGGGAGUGGUCAAUCUGAUCUCGGCUCAGAGACAUACCACCUGUUUGAUCCUACUAAAGUAGCUGGUUAUGUAUCGGCUGUAUCGUUACCAUCAUGGCACAACGUUGGGCCAAGCUUCGUUAGCGACUUGCCAUUUUCCCCUUUAGCAACAUCAACGCGGACCCCCGCUUCUGUCAAUAUCCCCAGUGACCAACUGCCUUCAUUUCACUUCAGUGAUGGGAUAUUAGGAACAUAUCCUAAGGAGGCUGCAGUCUACCCAGCAUUUCAAAAAGACCUAAACGAGAAACUAGUCGACUACGACUCAUUCAAUAACAACCAUGAGGCUGUGGCGGCUCAAAAGCGAGUCGACCAUAUCAUGGGGACUCUACAACAGCUCGGGUCUCGGCAACGGAGGUAUGCGAAAAGCCAGCUCAAGUUCAUCAAGACCUCGUCUCUUUGA